AAAUAAAAAAAAGAGAGCAGAAUGGAAAAUAGAAAUAAUUGUCUUUAAGAAACAGCAAAAUCACUGAUUCAAGUUUAAGGCGAGGAUCGCAGAUCAUACAUAAGCCGUGUGUAUCAUAGUAUAUUUUCUUGUGUGUGUUUACACUUUUUCUCUUCAUAAAUCUGCUCCACGUCUCUGCUUGCUGCUUGUUCACGAGAAUCUUCUCAUUUUACUGCUCAAAGCUUCAAAUUUUAUGCAAACUUCUCAACUUCCAUUGAAUUUGUCAGCAUUCUGGAGGUAUUUGCUGACAAGUGGCGCGAGAGACUGAUUUCUUGUACAGCAGGACUAGGAAGCUAAGAUGAUAGGGGGUUCCGGUUUGGGGGUUGUAUUGUCAAAGAUGAAUGAUUUGUCAACUUCUGAUCACGCUUCAGUGGUAUCCGUGAACUUGUUUGUUGCACUUCUUUGUGCGUGUAUUGUCGUUGGUCACCUGUUGGAGGAGAGUCGAUGGAUCAAUGAAUCCAUUACAGCUCUUGCUAUUGGCCUUUGCACUGGGGUUGUUAUUCUAUUAACCAGUGGUGGGAAGAAUUCACAUCUGUUGGUUUUCAGUGAAGAUCUUUUCUUUAUUUACCUUCUUCCACCUAUCAUCUUCAAUGCUGGGUUCCAGGUGAAAAAGAAACAAUUUUUCCGCAACUUUUUGACCAUCACUCUUUUUGGUGCUGUUGGUACUUUGAUAUCUUUCAGCAUCAUAUCAGUGGGUGCAAUGUACAUCUUCAAGAAGAUGAAUAUCGGUGCUCUUGAGAUUGGAGAUUUUCUUGCAAUUGGUGCAAUCUUCUCUGCGACGGAUUCUGUUUGUACAUUGCAGGUGCUUAAUCAGGAUGAGACACCCUUAUUAUAUAGUCUAGUCUUUGGGGAAGGCGUUGUCAAUGAUGCCACAUCAGUAGUCCUUUUCAAUGCAGUCCAGAGCUUUGAUUUGUCUCAUAUCGAUGGAGUUACAGCUUUGCAGUUGAUCGGGAAUUUUAUAUAUCUAUUUAUCUCAAGCACUUUGCUGGGAGUUUUCGCCGGACUGCUUAGUGCAUUCAUCAUUAAAAAGCUCUACUUCGGGCGGCACUCUACUGAUAGAGAGGUCGCUAUUAUGAUUCUCAUGGCAUACCUUUCUUACAUGCUGUCUGAGUUGCUUGAUCUAAGUGCUAUCCUUACAGUCUUCUUUUGUGGGAUUGUGAUGUCUCAUUAUACCUGGCACAAUGUCACUGAGAGUUCAAGAGUCACUACCAAGCAUACUUUUGCGACCUUGUCAUUUAUAGCGGAGAUAUUUAUCUUCCUCUAUGUUGGCAUGGAUGCCUUGGAUAUUGAAAAGUGGAGAUACGUGAGCGACAGCCCUGGAACAUCAAUUGGUGUGAGCUCUAUUCUGUUGGGAUUGAUCUUAGCAGGCAGAGCAGCCUUUGUUUUCCCUUUAUCAUUCUUAUCUAACUUGACCAAGAAGUCCCCCGAAAACAAAAUUGAGCUAAAACAGCAAGUUACAAUUUGGUGGGCUGGUCUAAUGCGUGGUGCUGUUUCAAUGGCCCUUGCUUACAAUCAGUUUACAAAAGGUGGUUACACUGCACGACGUGAGAAUGCAAUCAUGAUCACCAGUACCAUCACUGUAGUUCUUUUCAGCACAGUAGUAUUUGGCCUGCUCACCAAACCUCUAAUACAACACUUGCUGCCUUCCACUGCACACCUGAGCAGAAUGAUUUCAUCUGAACCUGUGACACCUAAUUCUUUCUUUGCACCUCUUCUUACAAAUGGUCAAGAUUCAGAAGCUGAUCUAGGCGCAACUAUAAUCCGUCCAGCAAGCUUAAGGAUGCUUCUGACAACACCUUCUCGCUCUGUCCACCAUUAUUGGAGAAAAUUUGACAAUGCAUUCAUGCGUCCUGUUUUUGGUGGAAGAGGUUUUGUACCCUACGUUCCUGGAUCUCCAACUGAGCAAGAUGGUUCUCAGUGGCACUGAGACACGAGUAAAUCACAACAACGGUUUUUUUGCUAGAGUUGCUUUAAAUACCAUCCUUUGUGGUUUGAUGUUUGUUCGUGGGUGGUGAUGUUGCCAGGGCAACUGAGUGAUAUCACCAAUCUAUACAGUGUAUUACUGUAUAUAUCAGAUUUUCGUGUUUUGCUGGUAUUGUGACUCUUCAGCAGUCGGUAAAUAUUUCAGUUUCAUUCAUCUGCCAAGCUAGUGUUCUUCAGGCUGUAUCACACGUACAAGAUCAUUUGAGUAUCCUCAGUCAAGUGUGUCAUCACCGGACAGAACUUACGAAACAUGCUCCUUCGCUGCCAGCAAUAUUUAUGGAAAACAAUUAUCAUAUUUUUUGGUUAGACAGUAAAUACAGCAUUAUUGCUUUAUCGUCUGUAAAUUACAUAUGGAUUGCAACAUACUACAAUGUUAAAAAUCUUCCUCGACGUUUGUAUAUCACCAUGUGGAUUGUAAUGUAGUAUAUCAACUUGUAUUCAAAGUUA